CGCAAGACUUUCACUAACGAAGAAAAGAGAUAGUUUGAAUAGAUCUCUGAGCAAAAAUGGUCUCAUAAAAGGAGGUGGAAGUUUAAAGCGUAGUAUGACUGCAAAAAAAGCAAAAAGGGAUGUUGCUGAAUUUGUAUCCUUGGAAGAAGUUCAUUUAAUAGUAAAAAGGUGUGCUGAUGAGAUAAGAGCAAGAGGUUUACAUGAGGUGGAUAUUUUCAAACCUGCUCGCAUAGGCGAUAAUAUAGAUGAUAUCAGACGCCUUAUCAGUUGUAUGUUACAAGAGGACCGUACCCAGUUUGAGGAUGAGGUCAAAGAACAAGAUAUUCGUAACGUUGUAUCAGCAAUGAAAUGGGCCUUAAGACAUAGUUCUACAGCUCUUGUUCCUUAUCAAUAUUAUGAAGAAUUCGUUAGAUAUGAACAAGAGUGGGAUUAUGAUCCAAGCAAAGGCUCCUUUAGGCAAUUCCUUUGUUAUCUUCCUAAACAGAAUCAAGAAAUUCUUAAAGAAUUAUUUGAAGUCUGCUCUCAAGUAACUGCUGAAUCUCACAUUAAUAAAACGUCGGUACAGAAACUAGUAAAGUCUUUAGCCCUUUGCAUAUUGGGUAAUCAAGAUACAACUUUACAAAAUUUUGAUUCGGCUUAUACUGAAUGGAAAAAAUGUUCAAAUGCUUGUCUUCACCUUUUUCUUGCUUACCUACGAGAGUUAGACUACUCUUCUCCUGAAUCUUUAAAUCCACGUUUAACUAUAUUGUUAGAUAAUUAUGUGGAGUAUCGUAAAAUGUCUGUUACAUCUACUUACUUUGAACAUCCUUUACCUGACACUACCGUUAUCAAUCGGAAACAAUCCGUU